CAUUCGGAUUAUAUAGGUGGAUCCCGAUUCCUAAACCUUGUAGUUGUACGGUAGAUGUUAAAGACAAAAAAUGGCGGAAGCAAAAGCCAGAAUUGAAGAGGAGAACAAUCUGAACGACAAAAUCGCUUCAGCGAUGAGAAAAACUUUUGUCAGUCAAAUCAAUGCUCGAAAAUUCUUAGGCCACAUGAGAACAAAAGAAAAUAAUUUUUUUACUAAGGAAGAUUACGAAUAUUUUGAUAUGCUGAUGUUCCAAGACGCUAGAAAUGUAAACGAAGAGAUAUUUGACACACUGGUCAAGUACAUGGACUGGUUUGACUGUCUGAUUCGAGCUGUUAGUGAUGCGAACCUUCAUCUGUCACAUCUGGUUCAAACAUUUUCUGAUCUAAGAGAUGGCGUAGUAAAUUCAAAAGAACAGUCGUCAUUUGAGAACCCUGCAACACAACAUGAAGAUGAAGCUUUGAACGCCAAGAUAAUUCUUGAAAUUAAGGAAACUUUUAUCCGCCGUAUUAACGCCAGGUCUUUUUUAAAUCACAUCAAGCAACAUGAAGCUGGUAUAUUUUACCAAGAAGACUAUGAGCUAUUUGAUGAGCUUAUGAAGAAGAACUGGAAGAAUGUAAAUGAAAUUAUCUAUGACAAACUGGUCAAGAAAAAAGACUGGUUCAAAUGUUUAAUCAGGGCUGUCAGCAACCCAAACCUUAACCAGUUGGAUCUCGUGAAAACAUUCGAAGAUCGCAAAGAAAUGGCGGAAGAAGAUAUCAUGACAUCCCCCGAUCAAACUGUAUAUACACCAUCUAACUCACCGACUUCAGAAGAGUCAGAAAGUGACGAUGAAGUAACAGUACAAAAAAGCCAGGCGUCUAAUACAGAGGCCGUCACGUGCAAAGACCAAGAAAGUGAUGAAGAAAGUCAAAGCCAUGCUGUGAAGAAAAGAAAACUUAACGAAUCAGACGAUGCAUUUUCAAAGACCGUAAAAGGAAAGCCUGGCUGGUGUAGGUGCGGGUACUGUGACGUCAAUGAGAAAUUCAACCACGUUUGCUGCGUUGACCUUCACAAGACCAUAGAGAAAAACAACGAACGCAAGAGAAAAAUAUGGGACGUGGACAAAUGUGUUAUAAAAUGGCCAAAGGUUUUCAAAACUGCUUUAAGUCAGAAGUUCUUGGAAAAAGAAGAUAACUGGAGAAGAUACAAAGUUGAAAUGGAUCCUACUAACAAUCCGCUUGUUCUUUACCAACUAGGCUGUUCAUACUUUCGACGUUUUGUAAGCGGGGAGAAACCUGAGGAAAAGAUAUACGCUAUACCUUCGUGUGUCGACAAAAAACUAAAAUCUCGUUUAUUUGAUCUUAAAUAAAAUAAAUU